AAAUUCAAUGUCAACAUUGCCAAAAGUCAUUAAUCAUUGUCAAACUCGAAAAUUUUAUUAAAAACAAUUUAAUUUUACGAAUAGAAUAAAUUAAUUCGAAUUAGUGUUGAAUUGACAACAUGAUUAAGCUUGUAUUUUCUUAAUUUAAUUUAUAAUCCUCAAUUUAGUUACCCUUUAAAGUUCUAUAAUGAAAGAAAAAUGGAAUUUUAUAUUUUAUUUGAUAUGGUUUUCAUAUUUGAUAAUGUCUGCUGUGCUGAUGUUUGGUCAUGGUUUCCUUCUUUCUCGAAAAACUAUGAGUGAUAUUACAGAAUGUCAGCAUUUGGAAACAUUCGACUGCAGUGGACGAGAAAGAGGGAACUCAAGUAUUGAAGAAUCGUGCACAUUGGAUGAGAAAAUAAAACAAAUUUUAAGCGUGACCGGCUCUCCGUUAAUAUGCGCUCCAUCCCAUGGAAGAGUUGUCUUUAUUUUAGUAGACGCAUUGAGGUAUGACUUCACAGAAUAUGAUGACAAACUAGAAAAGCCUUUACCCUACCAGAACAGGCUGCCAGUGAUGCAAAGGACUCUUGAAUUAUGCCCCGAUUGUGUGCGCCUGUUUCGUUUCAUCGCAGACCCACCAACAACCACUCUUCAACGUGUUAAAGCUCUUGUAACUGGUUCACUUCCCACUUUCAUCGAUGCAAGCUCUAAUUUUGCAGCUAUGGAGUUGCAAGAAGAUAACAUCAUAGAUCAGGUGGUGAAUGCUGGACAUCAUGCAGUAUUAUUAGGAGAUGACACUUGGUCGAGACUCAUGCCAAGAAGAUGGUUCCGGGCUCAUACAAUGUACUCAUUCCACACUUGGGACCUUGACACUGUAGACAUAGAAGUUGAUUCAAAAAUAUAUGAUGAACUCAAAAAAGACGAUUGGGAUCUACUGGUAGCACAUUAUUUAGGAGUUGAUCAUGCCGGUCACAGGUAUGGUCCAAACCAUUCAGAAAUGAAACGUAAAUUGGAUGAAACUAAUGCAAGAAUUGAGAAAAUCAUCAAAAUUAUACCUAAAGAUGUCAUCCUGUAUGUUGUUGGAGACCACGGAAUGACUGAAUCAGGAGAUCAUGGUGGAGAGAGUAAGGCAGAAAGAACAGCUGCAAUGUUUGCAUAUCGUGGUGCUGGAUUUGGUGGUCAAAGCCCAGAUAUACAAACAGGUAGAGAAGUUGAACAGACUGAUUUAGCGCCAACAAUGAGUGCUGCUUUUGGUCGUCCACCGCCCGCACCAUCCCUUGGCAACAUUCUGUUUCCAGUACUGCCAAAAAUGACCGUAGCCGAGACGCUACUGCAUUUAACUAACAGCCUCAAGCAGGUUUCUCAAUACUUAGUCCGUUACGGUGAAGAAUCUCAACAGGUAUCUUUAGAUCGAUUGGCGCAUCUUAUUAACGCGACAAGAGAACAGAUAGAGAAAGCUGCAACGGUAAAGACUGAAGAUGAUCUCUCUAUUUACGUUUCGAAUGUUAGAUUGUUAAUGGACAACGUGCGCAUAGUUUUUCGGGAAGUUUGGGUUGAGUUUGACACAGUUUCAAUGCUUAGAGCACUUUUGUUACUUAUUCUGGUGAUAUUUUUUAAUUGGUUGAUUGUUGAAGGCAUACCCAUAGAACGUCUUCCAAAUAUUUUUGCAAGUACUUUCGUUUCUUGUGGCCUGAUAUCAAUGGCUAUUUGCGUAAGCGUAUGUUACACUGUCUUUCAUUUUGAACUGUUAGAAGAUGUUCAUCAUGGCGUUAUUUUAAGCACGGGCUUAAUAUCUAGUGCGUUGACUUGCGUUUUGGUGAUCAUGCAUUGGGACGGUAUUUCACAACGGUGGUAUGAAGGGAGAUCGCCAAUUUACGAGAGAUUCUCCCGUGGCGCCUUAAUGGCCUCAGCUGCUGUGUUAUUAUCUAAUAGUUACAUUAUAGAAGAAGGAGCUGAAUUAUCUUUUCUAGCGUUAUCGGUAUUGGGCACGAUUGCUUGGAAUAUUGGGACGAUUAAGGCUUUCACUUUGUGGGUGGGUUUCGGAGCCACAUUAGUAAUUAGUAGAUCGUAUAGGGGAUGUAGAGAGGAACAAGGAGAUUGUUGGACUUCAAUAGGUGUUGGCUCAACUGGACAGGCUUCCCGGACAGCGUUAGUAAUGGCUUUAGGUUCAAUGGCAGCUGUGGUUGCAAUAGCGAGACGACAUGUCGGUUGGCGAGGUCAUGGUGUCGUCUUGGCUGGUUUGUUUGCAUGCGCCCAUUGGGCCCUCGGUUGGGGGGCUUUAGGUUCGCCCAGCAGAUCAAGACAACUAGCCCGUGGAUCAUGGCUGAUACUCGGAUCGAUGUUCGUUUUGCUUUGGAAAAGGGAAAGGUUUGGAGCAAUACUGCCGUUAAUUGUGUGCAGUUUACUCUUCUUCAUUGCCAACGCCCUCGUUCUUGGUGCGUCUUUUGCUCCGUCUGCCGCUUUAGGACUAUUGGCUGGAUAUUUGGCUCUUAACGUUGUUUCCAUGAUGAAGAAUGGGAACUCUAAAUUCUCAUUAUCAACUCGAUGCAGCUCGAGUGUGGCGUGCAUGUGGGCUCUGCUGGCGUCUUACCAAUUUUAUGGAACGGGCCACCAUGCCACGUUGGGCCACGUACGAUGGGCCCCGGCCUUCCACGCCGGUGAUCCCAACUACCUCCCUAUUGGACCUUUUGUCACUGGUGCUCUUGUCUCCUUGGAAUUAUUUGGUAUGCCAUUUAUGUUCGGUGCCGCGGUUCCCUUGCUCGCGCUGUGGGGACGCAACGGUGCGGCCGCGGCGGGUCCCAGGACACAGAUGGCGGCUGUCUUCACAUUGUGCCUCAAGUUUGGAUUGUGUUUUGCUGUCAGAGUGUUCAUGAGUGCAUUAUCGGCUACAAUACACUGUCGCCACUUAAUGAUAUGGGGCGUGUUCACACCGAAGCUCUUGUUCGAGAGUGGGGCUUGUGCGGCCGCCCUGCUCGGUACCGUGGUGGGGGCCACGCUGACGGCCUGGCACGUGCCUACACAGAUUAAGCCCAGUUGACAAAAGCGCAGCUGAUAACAACAACGAGAAGCUUGUCGUAUUCAAAUCGAAGACUCAAUAUUUUACUACAGAUAAUAAAAAGCACAAAAUUAUGGAUAUUCCCUUUGAGAAGUGAAGCUUCUUGUUUUUAUAGAUGUCUUGAUGGAAUCUCGGAACACGGUUUCAUAGAAUGUGUAAGAAAAUGUAAUAGUACUACAGUACGGAUGCAAGCAAUUGUUAUAGUGCCUUAUUUAUUAUUUGUUGGUAGGUUCAAAGCUGUACCGAGUUUGGAUUGGCUUGAAUUAAAUAAGAAUUUUACGAUAUAGCGGGACCGAAAAUGAUUAGUCUGUUAAGACUUUAUCUCACUGAAUCAGUACUAUAAAAACUGAGACCUUGGAACUCAUAUCUCAAAGUUGGUGGCGGCAUUUACCUUGUAGAUGUCUAUUGGCUCCGGCAACCACUUAACAUCAGAUAGGCCGUGAGCUCGUCCACACAUCAAAGCAAUAAAAACAAAAGUAUGUAUUAUUACUUAAGGUCUUGUAUAAUAGUUUCGCCUUGUUUAUAAUCGAAUGAAAUGUUCUGAGAUUUCAUUAUUAGAUUAAUUCACGAACUGUUUUUAUUUAUAUUUAUAAUUUAUGAGAUUUCAGCAUUAUAGGUUUAUGUCUUGAAGACAUUAUAAAUGGUGUUUUGUUAUGGCGUUUUUUUUUAUUCAUACGUUGUAUACAAGUUUGUGAGUUUUGAUGUUCCAACAUUGUUUAAUUAAUAGACUGUUUAAUGUUCAUAUUUCUUAAUGUAUUCGUUGUAGGUUUGUAAUAUUUUAAGAUAUUUGAAUUUGCUAUGUUACUGUUUAUCUCAAUAAUAUAUGCAAAAAGUUAAAGAAAAUCGUUACUGUUGAUAUAUAAUAUAUAAUUAAGAUAUUGUUCAAAUUGAAAGUUAAAUAAAAGAAAAUGUAGGCAUAAUAAUAAUAUGUAGAUGUAUGUGGAUGCAUUUAAUAAUUUUGGAUUCAUAUAAAAACCGAACAAACACUGCCAAAACGUCUUAAAGCGCUUGUUACGCGAUAUAGUUUAUUUCAUUGAAAUUUUGUGUCUUAAAAAAUUGUAGGUUAAAAUUAAUAAAAAUUUUAGUCCACAUUAGAGUGAAAUUAAUGUAGAUUUUUAAAUAAUUGCUUAUUUCAAGUGUAAUGAAAAGCAAUAUGCUACGUGCUGCACUUUUACUGUAAGAUGUUAAAUUUGGUAUUAAUUAGAUUAGUAAAUUUAAAAUUCUCGUAUUAUUUUUACUCAGUUGUUUAAAGUUUACUAAUUUUAAUAAAUUUAAUGAAACUAA